CAGACGGGCUGGGUACAGGUCAGGCAGGUUUGCUGUUAGAAAAAAGCUCAGGAACCAGCAAUCAUUUUAUUCUAGUCACUUUGCUGCUAGUUGUAGGAAGGUGAUUUGUACCUUCCUUGUAUGAAACUGGGACCAAUACUUCACACUGUAGGGCUGUUCUCUUUUCCAGGUGAUAUAUAACUACCCUGGUAGCUCUCUUACAAACGGAGAUUCCUUUUUGUGCUGUAUGGAGAGAUGAACUGGAAUGCAAACAGCUGACCAGGUCACAAAAUAAACGAGCAUUGCAGGAAUUCUUUGCUCUCUAGUUGCACUUUAAAUCCGCUACUCCUGCAGUGGUGCAGUUAAUGAUGAAGGUGUGUCUUUCUCAUGUGUUAGUGCUGCUCGUAAUCAAACUUAAUUGGCAUGUUUGGCCAAACUGAGUUAUGUUUAACUUUGUGUUAAUUUUUGUAUGAUAUAGAGUGAGUACAGACAGCGGGGUGGGUAAAUCGUGGUCUGGCAUGACCCCAUCCAGUCAAUGGGAAAGCAUGAAGAAAUUACACCUGCUUGGCCCACUUGUGGAUCAUUCUGCUUAGUGAUGGACGAUUUUAAUUCUUUCUUUUCCUUUUAUUUUUGCAUAGGCAAUUUAAACUGCUGGGGUUUUAGAACUGAGAUCCUAAUUAUCCGUUGUUGUGUUGAAAUAGCUCCUGCCAAAGAUUACUGGUGUAUUGACUGGGGGUUACUUGUAUUCCAAAGAAUCGCCUGUGCUGGGAUGUGUCGCUUUGGGACCUCGUGUGUGACAUUCAGGUGACUGUAUCUGCCAUGUAGAUCUAUGGGAAAACUUGCAUUGAGGAGACCUGCGAACCGAGCGCCCAGAUAGAAUACUUUAUUGUAUUUUAUGCCAUUACCUUUGAAAAAUAGCUUUUGAGAGGAGUAUUGAAGCUGUUCAGGAUGCUUGGGCCGUUGUGUGUGUGGUUAUGUAUUUGUUUCUCUGCUCCCGAAGGACGGUGAUCGCAGCCGGGCGGCUGGAGCGGGUUCAGCAGAGGACCCUGUGAUCCCACCCCCUGGUUUAAACGCUCCGUUUUCCCCCAGAAAAACCCGUUAUCUGCCUUCCAGAUAAGAGCCGCUCUUCGUUUGUUGGCUGUGGGAAGCAGAGCUGAGGUGUUCCCAGCAAGAGUUUUCUUUCAGCAAGCAAAGAAUGAAGCGCUGUGUUUUCUUGCCAAGAUUCGCUCUGUUCCGCGGCUCCUGCCUUCCUUCCCAGCUUGGUUCCAAAUGCGAGUCUCCUGGACUCCUCUGAAUAAUAAUACAGCAGAGGUUUAGAUUUAACCAUUUCUCAGCGUUCACCAGCAGGCUUAAUUCAAGCCAGAUUAUCUAAAACCACGCAAAGAGUUUGUAUCUUUAUCCUCAGUUUUAUUGGCAGGCUGAGGGAGGCAGGAGGAACGUUUGUUUUGUAUAUUGGAGCUGAGAAGGCACGUAAAAAACCCACCUCUUCCAGAUAUUGUAAUUUAGUGAGUCUUUUAGCCAAUGAUUCUUUAUAAAAUGACGCUAACGGUUUCUGUAGGGACUGCUAAAGGAAGAAACGCAACGGGCUGUUCAUAGCUGAUGUUUGGGGAUCAGAUUUAUAUGCAACCGAGAGAUGAAUGUGACUGAAGAGAGUUGGGUCUUCAGGGCAUAUCUGGUUUUGAUUUUUAAGGGCUUAAUCAAACUGGAAGGCAAAGACAGACCUCAAGGGGCCAUCUAGUUGAGUUCAUCCCCGUUCUGAGUGAUUCAGCCCUUUUUUCUGUGAUUUUCUGUGAUGCUUUUGCUCCAAGGCUGGAUUUAAGGCUGCGGUAAUCUCAGCUCUUACCACAUCUCUUUCUCUGUCAGGCUCAAUUGCUCAGUUUAACAGUAAUAAUUGAAGGAAACCUAAUUGAGCAGCUUCCCUGGGUACCGCUUAACUUGAGCAUGGGAAAACGGGUGAAAAUUUCUGCAGGAACUCCCUUGGUUUUCUUUUUCCCAGUUUAAUUGUAGGCUUUCAUUAGUGAUGAUAAUGACACGACAAUAACAAAAAAUUAGGAACCGGAGAGCUGAGUAACGAGGCAAGCUGGUACAUACGGAGUCAUACAAGGUACAUACGGAGUCAUAUAAGUGACUUUACCUGAAUGAAGUGGAAAUUUUGCCCCAGAGAUGAGCUGUGAGCCCAGUUUGUGUAACUGAUGCCUGGGAGCUGUAUGUGUGCUACAACUCCCAGUUCUUGAAUCAAAAAGUCUCCAUUUCUGUAUGUACCUCGUUUUACCUCCUUGGCAGCAGUUACUUCUAUUUGGUGACGAUUAGAGGCAAGCGGAGAGCCGGACCAACUUUUUCCUGCCUGUUUUAUGAAUAUGGUGCAUUUUAUGGGCAUCGAGUCCUGGCAGCUCUAACCCACUUUUAUAAUUACUGCUGUGGUCGUCCAAGGAAAAACCCACCCUCUUUUUAGCCAAUUCAGAGAGCUGAUGGUGCUGUUUGCUUUGCGGUGCCUCUGCUCCUCUUGCAGGAUAAAUUGUGUUAUUCCCAAAGUCACCGUGUCGUGUGACAGGUCUAAAUUCCACAGGACAAUAUCAGGCAAACAUGGGUUUGGGUCAUGACACGUUGCGCGCCCAUCUCUGGGCUGGGUGCCCAGGUUGCUCCUGUGUUCUGACUGCGUGGUAAUGCGCAAUCUGCGAUGAGGUGAAACCAAACUUUUAAAUAAGGUCUAAUUUUGAAAUAUGGAGCUGUAUAAUUAUCUGCAAGCCUUUAUUUAGUAAUGCGAUUUUAAUUAUGCACACCCUAACCAGAGAAUUUGUGCAUAUUUCUUAGUUGCGUUGCUCAUCCCUGACUCUCCUGCUAAGGAACUAAUUAUCUUCAGACCAUGUAAUUUAAAGUGUGUUCAACUGAAAUAGCUGAAAUGCAGCGUGGUGGGUUCAUGAGUGGCUCGGACGGCUAGAACUGGUUUUAAUCUGAACCCCCACCCCGCCUUGGGCAAUAAACUGGCACCUGCCUGUAGGACGUUCUUCCAAGUAGGUUGUUUUGAGCAUCCGAAUAACUCGAUUCUGUCUCGCCUGUCCUUUUAAUCAGAAUCAGCACCAAGAGAAGCAGAACGUCUCGCUUGUCAGAGACUCAAUUUGACAGCUUGAUUGAGCAGGCUCAGGUAUUCGUUAAGUGCCGCCGGAGAGAGCUGGGGGAACGUGGAGGAGAAAAACAACGGCGCUCUAGUUUUUAAUGCGUAUUCUGUGCGGGGAAUGGAACUCGUUUUAGCACAGGUGUUUCUGCGGUUGUUGGAAGGUGCCUAGAAAGCGGCUCAGAGGACCAGCACAAAUCGGUUCGUCAGUCUGAGAUGCCCCAGCCAGAAACGAGGGGCCUGAGCUCCCCUGUUCUGCAAUUUGGUGACUAAUCUUUAAUCCGUGACCGAAUUAGCGUGGCUGAGCGGCGUUUUCUGACGGGCUUCAAACUGGACGCCGGAGUUAAGCGCUUUAUACUUUCAAUGCACCGCCGUGGGUUUUGUUGUAGAAGCACAGUGUGUGUUACUCAUUAAACCUCUCUAACUUUGGAACUCGCCUUCGCCAGCAGUUUUGCUUUCUGAUUAUCUGUCCUCUGAGGGUUUCCUCUGCACCACGUCGUUCUGGGGAGGCCGGAUCCAGGUGUGUGCCAAGGGCUGGUGUAGCUGCAAUAAAGUCACUCAGAAGUGCUUUAUUAAAAACAAAAAUCUAAUCUGCAGUGAUUUUUUUCUUCUUGUUUUCUGUGGCUUUGUAAACACAACUGAUGGCUGGCUAUGGAGCUCUACAAAAUACGCGGAUUUAACCAAUAUCCAGCUGCUCCGUGUUGGGUUUCAGUGGAUUAUUUAAUGAGCAAGUCAGAUGGCUGUGCGUGCAGAAUGAUGUCGGGCUUCUCAUGGGCAGGCGCUCCGGAUUCACACCAAAUCUGAAAGCAAAACGCCCUUCCCUGUGGCUCCAGCGUCCACCAUCGGUCAAAACAGCCUGAAUUCAAUUAGUAACUCAGCGGCAUCAGAAUCCAGCCCAAUGCCAAAGUAAAAUAGAGCUGCAUUGCUUUGCACUGAGCAAAUGGGAAUUAAAAUAAUAAAUGCUGUUUUUGCAUUUCAGCCUCUGCGAGUUUAGAGGCUGUGUUUCUGUAGAGCAUGUGGGCAGUUUAAUGUGUAAAACUGAGCGUACAAACAGGUGUUUGUAAGAUCAGGGCAUUGGGCACUAAAAAUAAAAGCGGAGGAUGUGUCUGAAUAGGAUGAAAGAGAAUAUUGUUGAGUAAAUGGAUAUCAGCUUUAUGCAUGUACAUGGGCUUAAUACCAUUGGCUGAGUUUUUAAGAUUGCCUUUUGGUGAUCUCUCUCAAUCAUCUUUCAAAAUGAUGUUUUAAAAUAAAGUUGCGUAUUGCAUUCCUAAGCUCUUUAGCAUGAUUUCUAUUUUCGUGGGCUUAUUUUGGGGAGAGAGAAAUCUGCCGCUGUGACCUACAUUUCCUUAUUGGCGGCAGCCAGGGUAAUAUCUCUACCUGUGAUCUCUUCCCUGCUUUUGCUGAAAGGCGUUGUUUUACAAUACAUUUCCCAGGUACCUGAGAUAAGAAGGGAAGGAAGUAACUGCAGAUGGUAAUUAGAAAUAAUCAGUAGUCUGUAUUCUUCAGAAUAAUGUAAUGAAGCGCUCCGCUCUGUAGUGUUAUGAACCAUUUUUAGGUCUGGUCCUUACGGGACUUUUUCUUCCCGUGGUCUGAUGCGACAGAACUCUCGAAGUGCCACCGCUUAGGUUGGAUUUUGGACCAUCAGAUGUUCUCUUUCGUUACAAUUUGAAGUUACUACUCUCCGAGCAACACCCUGCGAUCUCCUCUUCCCAAACAGGAGUUGUAAGCGCCUUGCUCUACGUCUCCCCAAAGCUCCAGCGAGCGUUGUCUGGUGCUAGAGACACCCGGGUGCGUUUGUCCUCUCCGGGACUGGGCACACGGGUCGUGCGGAGCUUCGUCGUCACGAACCGCUCACGCACGGGCACCGGCAAAGCUGCUCCGGCCCCGCGCCAACGUCGCUGCUGCAGCCCAGGGGUUUGCAAAGUGAGGUCUGGCACUAAUUUAUGAGAGCGAUGCGGGGGGGGAAUAGGUUGGCAAGAAUGAAAGGUGCUGACAAGCAUGUGCUGUCUGGAGAUUGUUAGAAAGGAAAAGAAGUAGUAAUGAGAUGGGCUUUCCAAGUUGGCAAGAGGUUGUGCCCAGGGUUUCCCGGGCAUCGGAGGGGAUGGGUGAAGUAUCUUGCUGGAGGAUGCGUGAGAAGGACGCGGCAGAACUGGGGAGUGAUUUGGGUUUCCUCGUCCCGCGUUCCUCGGAAGGAAGCUAUCAAAGGAGAGAUGUGAGAGCUGAGCAGCCUCGUGGCUUAGAAAACUGAUCUUUGUGGCUCCACAGCCCGUUUGGGAAGAGACUGAGAACCCGGAGGGGCCGCCUUUCUGUUCCGAGUUUGUUGGACUCGAGCUCUUUAAUUUCUGCAUAUUUAAGGAUGAAAAAAUUGCAUGACAAAAAGCAGAAAUAUUAGAAAGAUGCUGGAGUGAUAUCUUCUAUUUAAACCAUUCUACUCUGCAGCUGAGGUUAGGCUGACCUUGCCUUUCACAGAGCAAACACAUGUCACAGCAAGAGAUACCUGCGCAAACUGCUCCGAUUCAGCAGCUGCGAGCACGUGUGCAUUGCGACCGGGAGGAAAGGGAGCUCUGCAAUCACCGCCGUGCUGCUUGCAGUCGAAUCGCUGGCGUCAUCAAAAUAGCCUUUAUGGCACGUGUGAGGCAUCGGAUCUAUCCGCUUCCUAAAAUAACCUCCCAUUGCUCAUGACGGCCUCGCAGGACUUACUGCUGUGACUAGUUUUUUCCAUUUUCCAAGGCUGGGUUUUAAAUUUCUGUAUGCCUUCUCCGAUAUCUAGAUGCUCAGAGCAAAUAGCAACCCAAAUCCUCACUGUAGGAGAUGGGAGAGAACAGAGGAGAAUCUGAUUCUUCUCUCUAGAAAUCAUGGAUAUUUUGGUGGUGUAGCUUGGAGCUGAGCUCCUUGUAGGUUCAAAAGAGUAAAUAUGAUGGAAAUGGUUUUUACAUAGCACCCAAGUAUCCCCACGCAUACACUUGCACAUUAAAGGAAGGGAAUAAUGCUGGGAAGGUGGAAAUGCUCCUCAGCUGGGCGCUUGGGAUGCAGGUUUUCCUACUGAAAAUGGCCCUGGGAUUCAGGAGCCGUAGCUCUUCUGCCCACUUGCAAGCGCGACUGGUAUGGGUAAUGGUGUGAGAGAAGGUCAAGUGGAUUUCAAACGGCAGGAUGCGGAGCCAACUACGCCAACCCACCUCCCGCCAGAGGGCAACCAGGAGAACAAGAAGGUGCUCAACUCCCUGAUGUCUGGUGCGUUGGCCGGUGCUGUUGCUAAAACUGCAGUAGCUCCACUGGACAGAACAAAAAUCAUGUUUCAAGUGUCUUCCAAAAGAUUCUCUGCCAAGGAGGCUUACAGGCUGAUUUAUCGCACCUACCUCAACGAAGGCCUCUGGAGCCUCUGGCGAGGGAACUCCGCCACCAUGGUCCGCGUCAUCCCUUACGCCGCCAUCCAGUUCUGCGCGCACGAGGAGUACAAGCAGCUCCUGGGGAGUUACUACGGCUUCCAGGGAAAAGCGCUGACACCCUUUCCUCGAUUCAUUGCUGGCUCUCUGGCAGGCACAACGGCUGCCAUGUUAACCUACCCCUUGGAUAUGGUCCGUGCUCGAAUGGCUGUCACGCCGAAGGAGAUGUACAGCAACAUUGUUCAUGUCUUCGUCCGAAUAUCCCGAGAGGAAGGACUGAAGACGUUGUACAGGGGAUUUACGCCAACCAUCCUCGGGGUGAUUCCAUACGCUGGGCUUAGCUUCUUCACCUACGAGACUCUGAAGAAGCUGCAUGCAGAUCACAGUGGGAAAUCGCAGCCAUCCCCUCCGGAGCGGCUUUUGUUUGGUGCCUGUGCCGGUUUGAUCGGCCAGUCGGCUUCGUACCCCCUGGACGUGGUUCGCCGACGGAUGCAGACGGCGGGGGUCAUGGGACACACGUACAGUUCCAUCCUUCUCACCAUGCAGGAGAUUAUCAGAGAAGAGGGACUAAUCCGUGGCUUGUACAAAGGACUCAGCAUGAACUGGGUCAAAGGGCCGAUUGCAGUGGGAAUAAGCUUCACAACCUUUGACCUGACGCAGAUCCUUCUCCGUAAAUUACAGCACAGCACUAACGUUGAAAGAACCGAGUCCCUCUAAAGUAGCUGCCUCACCCUUCUGGUUUGCUCCUCGAUGCCGGGAGCGGAGCCUCUCAAAGGAACACGUGCUGCUGCCGGCUCCUCACCGGGUCUGUGGGCAGACAAAGCGGAUGAUGCACGAUGGAAGGGAGGACUCGGUGCUGUGGGGAUGAUCCCCUGAAUUUGGGAAGCGACCGCUGCUCCUGGUCGGAACCCGUGUUAGCUGGAGGCAGCCUGCCAAGUGCAAUAUUCCACUUAAUCUGCAGGGAAUUCCAGAUUUCCCCGGCCUGUAAGCGUCGGUCUCCAUAAAACAGGACACAGCAGGAUUUAACAGGUCCGGUUCUUUUGUUCUGGGUGAGCUCUGGCUGGAAACGCUGCCCUUUUUUUCAAAUGUUCUUUUCACUUCCAAGUUUUAUUGCGUAAACUUGCAGUGUCGCUCUGAGAUUACCAAAGACUGUAGGCAGCAGGGGAGGAAAGUUCCGAGCGGUUCUGUAAAUCAACUCCUCACGUUUAUUGUCAGUGUUGUUGAGCAGGAUUCACAAACUGGACCGAGUCAAACUGCAGCAGAGCUUUCAGGCCACCCAAACCCUUCCGUUGUUCUCGUGGUCUUCAAGGCAGCGCUUUUCUUUUAAGGAUUUGGCAGACUGUAGUGUUGGUACGCUGGAAAAGUGUUACAUGCUUGACAUUUAAAGCAGUUUUAUCCUUCAGUAUUGUUGCUGCAGCUUUAUGCGCGAUGCAAGAACAAACAUCUCAAAGACGCGUGUGACGCAGACGAAGCUUUUCCCAAAGGCUGUUCGUGCCCGUCGAGUGCAGCCUCAGAGUUGGCUCUGCUUCCGAACAACCUUGUCUGCUGGUACCUGCUGCGUCGGUCGUGUCGCCUCCGCUCAUUAGUCCACACCUCAACCCCCUUGCUUUGAUUCCUAGAGCUCUUCUGGGGUCCAUGUGCUCCACAGCCAGUAUUGCCCCUCAGAAGCUGGAUAUAGCACCAGUCACUUCCAGUCGCAAUUUGAAAGUGAACGGUAAAGUACCUUCCAGUGUUUCUAUUCCAAAUCGGCCUUCAGGGAAAUCAAGAUUUGGGGUGGUUUCCGUUACGUUCCAUUCCUGUAUUAAAUUUGGAGUGCAAGAGAGGUCAGAGCGAACUUCAGACUUCUCGGAGAAUCAGAUGACAUAAAGCAAGAUUAAAAAUCCCUUUCCAGCUGAUAGAGUCUAAUGUAUGAAAGAAAAAUAAGGCCUCAUUGAAGAUCUGUCCUUUUCUGACGUAUGUAUUGUAGCCAUUGUAGUUUGAGCCUUGAGUCGUGGCUUUGUCAAUGAGAAUGGAGGUAAUUGCACAACUGGUAGAAAUAGCUUUCUCCUUCCUUUUGUCUUUGCACUUGUUCUUUGGAGAGUAAUUUGCUUCUGAUGCCAAAUAUUUCCCUAGGAGUUGAGCACCUACACUUCCAUGUGGUGGCCAUGGCGGAGAGCCAGCGUACUGAGGUAUCAGCGCGCCCGUCGUUCCCAGAGCGCGUGGUAUCGAUCCUACUUCAAUGCUUGUGGAUGGGCGGGGUGCUGACCUCAGUAAUUUCUGCCUCCAAGCCCACAAAUGACUAUUUCCAUUGUGAAACUUGACUGCAGCCACUGAUUUACCUGGUAAUUAAGGAAACAUUAGGUGUUGUUUUAAGUCUUUAGAGAUGACAGCCAUGAAUUCUGUGUACGUUUUGCUCCCAUCGCCGGUGGAAGAUGCUCGGCCGUUCUCUUCGUUCGGGCGACAUUUCUGUUCGGUCCUUUGCAAGAGCUCUGAUUUCUUUUCUCCAAUGGAGAAGCCCAUUCACUUCUGCUCUUGUCUUUACCCUGUGUGGCCCAGUGGGGAAAUACUAAGGCACUUGCAUCCUACCACAAAAAACGAGGUGUAAACCAGCAACCCGGUGUGUCAGCAGUCAAGUGUGCGUAUGUGCGUGUCCGUGUGUCUGUCUGGGUGUGCGGUCUGUGCCAGGUUCGGUACGGUUGGUCAUCUGGGGGGCAAGCACAGCAGAUCUUGUGAGAUUUGAGCAUCACCAAACCCGCGUGGCUUAACCCCCCCGGUCCUGCCUGAGGAAGGAGCGUUCGGCUCAGAUAAGUCCUUCCUUAAUUAGCAACUGCACCUGAUUUUAAUUCAAUGGAAUUGUAGCCAAACGUGGGUUUUUUUCCAAGUUUUGCAGGCUGAGUGUUUGUUCAGAGACGGAUCUUUGAAUUCAGUCUGUAAUGGUUUCGGUGCUUUUGUUUCUUGGGCAAAAAGUGUUCCGAGUGACUGUGUGUUAGUGCUUUGCGUUGGUUAAAUAGCUUUGUUUUCUUCUUCUCUGAUUUGAAUGUAGAAGAGGAGAAACAGAGCGUUCUCUUCCCGUCUCUUAACGCUUGUGUGAACUGAGACGUGUUCCGAGUCUCUGUGCUGCCUGGAGCGGGUGCCCCGGGAGUCCUGGGCGCUGCUUUGUGCUGCCCAGGAGGGUCCUUUGCCUUUAGCUCUGGGAAAGGAGGCGAAUCUAACAGGAAUAUUCUCGAGUCCUCCUUUCUUCAGAACUUCUUCCCUACCGCAGAUCCCCUGAUCUUUCAUUUUUGCUCUCAAAUUCCUUGCUUUUGUUUUCAAGUCAUGUUUCUCAUUGUUCCUUAACGCGUUACCGCCAAACAUCCGAUUGUGCUUUUCUUUUCUUGUCUGCUCUGCACCUUCAUUCCCGCACCAGCACUUCGAGAAAAUCAGGUCCGAUGAAACGCAUCCAGAAUGACAAAAUUGCAGCCUUGGAUGCCCAAACUUGGCUCCCCGCUCCCAGCCAGGGCUGCUGGGGGCACGGGGCAGGAAUUAAAGGCACUAAAUGAUGGGACACGAGGGGUUUUUAAAACAUUCGUGACCUACUUGUCCAUCCUGGCGCUUUUCCUUCUCUGGCAGCUCUCCAAACCGGUUUAUAGCUUCUGUGGAAAUACAGCAGUACUUGUGUUCACUUCUUGCCUUCCGACUAGAACCCGAGCUCCGUCACUUCACUUCACUUCACCCUCUGGUGUCUUUAACUUGAAACGGAAGAGCCGUGGCAACCCGGAGUGAGCCUGGUGCCCAUCCUGGGGUGUGCUGGGCCACGUCCCACGCGUGUCCGUGGGGCUGGUACAAAACAGCCUUUUCUUUAUUGUAGGGGCUGCUCCCCCGAACUGCCGCGUGGCGCGGGGUCUCCCAGCACCGCUGGCUGCCCGUGUGGUCUAUGCAUUGAUCAGCACAGUGUUCCAUGCCUUUUGUCGGGACGUGUCCUCACCACCCGCGUGUGCGUGUACGCGUGCGUGUCGGUUUUUGACCGCUUUUUCUUGGAUCUGGAGUUCUAUUUUAUUGCAGUGAAGACACUUUGUUAUAUAAUGUUUAUAUAUUUUAAGAUUUGUGCCAAGAGAGGAUGUAUAUUUAAUAAAAAAUUAUAAUUGA